AUGGCAUCAGCACCUUCCAUCCGUUGCCUUCUGGCCAAAAAUCAGUAUUAUCGAACGGCCAGUAUUUCUUCAGUUAGUUCUCUAACUGGCUCUGAUUCUGUUAACUUCAUAGAUGAUGACAAAUCCCAGCAAGGGUUACCUGAAGUGGCAGAAUCCACGUGGUGGUUUAAGUUAUUUUUCUAUUCUGAACCUGUGCUUUCAAACGUAAGAAGAAAGGAUUUGGCUGCUAGUGGUUUAAGAUUAUCUACAAAUUCCUUUUUUCUUAACCGCUUAGUGUAUGUGUGA